ACAUCACCGUGUCACAGGAGUUAAUCCACACGGCACUUACACUUUCAGCUGGAAGGAUUAUUGCACUUGGAUAGAAAAUUGGAAAUCCUCAGGCUGACACCAUUUCAAACCUCUCAAGUGGAAGAGAGAUGGAAUGAGUCAAGUAGCAGCCACCACAGAGAUGGAGAUCACCAUCUCAUGUGGGAGGGAGCCUGGUGAGUAAACAGGGAGCAUCUCAGUGUUAACAAACCCAACAUCUCAUGAUGUGCUCAGACACAGUGUUUUGCUAAAGCAAAUGGAAAAAUUAAGGUCUUGACUUCUUAUAGUUGUUAAAACCCAAACGGCAGCACUGCAAGAAUAUUAACACAGGUGACAGACCUGGAUUGCAACUGACCUCAUCUUUUUCCUACCCAAACUCUGACAUCUCAACUGAAUUAAUCAACAACUUCUGCCCCCGGAUCUGCUGAGUAGUUUUGCUCCACAAUCAAACAGGACUGCCAUGUUCCUCUCCUCAGAUUCUGGAAACACAUUCCUAACCUAGGGCAAUGCAUUUCAAGGAGAAUGCAGCCAAGAGUGAUGAAGGAAAAAAGCAUUUAUCAAUGAGGGCUGGAGGCUGGGCCAAAGAACUGCUGGAUGAGCAUCCUCAUUCUUCCUACAGCAGGUCCUGCAGCAAGCAGUCAGGAGGAGAAGCAACGCCACGGUCACAACUGUCACCAAAAACCAGGAAAUAAACUCUCUAACCCAGUUAGGUUAGAAAAUCAACACUACUUUAUUCAGCAGUGAGGUGCAUGAGUAGCUCUUCACCAAAACUUACAAUUGUUUAUACAUUUUGGCAAACAAAGGAAUUAGUGCUCACUGGCUUACAAGUGAUGCAGUUCUCUUCACUAAUUAGUAUUCAAUCUUUUAUGGGUUAUUGAUUUUUCACUUCUCAUGAUAAGUAGCCCACUUUUCCAGCCUUUUUUAUUAUCUUAUUCCCAGGUAGGGACAGUCUUAUUAAUUGUCUUUGUUAGUUUCUUCUUCAGCUCUGCUCUCUGUAACGCGUCUUUGCGAUUUACAAAUUCUGCAUUCCUGGUGCCCAGGUCUCAACAAUAAAUUUCUCCUGUCAAUUUCCUCACCCAGCACUGAAGCAUGCCAGGCCCUACAUUUUAAUCUGUUUUUCUAACACAUGAGCAUCACACAGAGUUUUCCUGUGUUCCCACAAGCUAAAUGAGUGAACUGUUUUUCCCCACUGUGUUUGGCUGACAGUUUGGCUGUUCCUUGCCUGUUUCUCAAGGAACUGGACACCGUGUAACUUGUAACACGCCGGUGGCCCCUGCAGCAGGGAGCAGAGCUACGGGUGACAAAUGUCUUGUCUGACCGUGACAGCCUUGGAAGGCCAAAACUUGCUUACACAAGUGCUUGGCUCACAUUUGACGCUACUUGCAUCAGAAGAUGAAGCCCUCAGCAAAACACAUGAUCAAAGUACACCUCUUUCCGGGGCGUAUACAUGAAGCUCAUGAUCUGGACCUGCUAUGACUGAUCCAGACGUCCUCACUGAGGUCCCAGCAGCUCUCAAGCGCCUUGCCAAAUAUGUGGUGCGUGGCUUUUAUGGCAUCGAGCAUGCUUUGGCUCUGGACAUCCUCAUCAGGAACCCCUGUGUGAAGGAGGAGGACAUGCUGGAGCUCCUGAAAUUUGACAGGAAGCAGCUGAGGGCUGUCCUCAACACCCUCAAGGGUGACAAGUUCAUCAAAUGCAGGAUGAGGGUCGAGACAGCUCCUGACGGCAAGACCACGCGCCAUAAUUAUUACUUCAUCAACUACCGCCUGCUUGUCAACGUGGUCAAGUACAAGCUGGACCACAUGCGCCGCAGGAUCGAGACCGACGAGAGAGACUCCACCAACCGCGCCUCUUUUAAAUGCCCCAUCUGCUUCAGCACUUUCACAGAUUUGGAGGCCAACCAGCUGUUUGACCCCAGGACAGGAACUUUCCGCUGUACAUUCUGCGAGACCGAGGUGGAAGAAGAUGAGUCAGCAAUGCCCAAAAAGGAUGCAAGGACACUCGUUGCGAGGUUUAACGAGCAGAUCGAGCCCAUCUACGCGCUGCUUCGUGAGACGGAAGACGUUAACUUAGCCUAUGAAAUCCUGGAGCCAGAACCCACAGAGAUUCCUGCCCUGAAGCAGAGCAAGGAGCGUGCAGCUGGUGCUGGUUCAGGGGCAGCAGCUGGCCUUGCAGGUGGACACCAUCGGGAAGCAUGGACCACGAAGGGACCAUCAUAUGAGGACUUGUAUACCCAGAAUGUCGUCAUCAGCAUGGAGGACCAGGAGGAUCUGAACCGGUCUGCAAGUGAAGGAAAGCCAGCCAGAGAGAGACCCAUUUGGCUGCGGGAGAGCACGGUGCAGGGGGCUUAUGACCCUGAUGAAAUCAAAGAUGGGGGCCGGGAUCUGGAUGCAUUCCAGGAGCGUGAGGAGAGCCGGGCAGCCCUGGAUGACAACGAGGAGGUGAUGCGUGCCCUGCUCAUCCACGAGAAGAAGACACCUUCCGCUUCCACCGUCACCGUCAGCGGCGCCGCUCCUCUCUCCGGCGGCAACGCCAGUGACUCCGAGAGCGAGACCAGCGAGUCGGAGGAGGAGUCCCCUCCCCGCCCUGCAGCCACAGCCACCACAACAUACGGGCUGGAGGAGGAGGAGGAGGACGAAGAGUUUGAGGUGGUGGCAGAAGACCCCACUGUCACAGUGGCUGGACGCCCACAUUCUUACAGCCAAGUGAGCCAGCGUCCCGAGCUGGUGGCCCAGAUGACGCCAGAGGAAAAAGAGGUUUACAUAGCCAUGGGGCAGCGCAUGUUCGAGGACAUGUUUGAUUAACUGGUCCCUGCCAUGGCAUUUUUUAAAAGGUGACUUUUUAAGGCAGACACUCUUUAGCAGAACAGAAGACUGGAGUGCAUCAUCCCUCCCCUGUGCAUAGGCAGGGUCACUGCAGCUCAGCACUGCUUCUCUCAGGCAUCCUGCUCGCCAGAGCAGGGGAGCAGCAGAGCUGCAUGUGCCAAAAUACAUAGGGGAGGACGAGUCUCAGAAGUGAGGAUGCUUGCACGGUAAAAAUCUGCUUCAGGGUGCCCUGCACAGGCACUGCUUUAACCUUCUCCAAGGCCCCAGCAACUCUUUCUCCCAAUGGCUUUAACUUGAUUUUUGUUGCAGAUCCCAGUGAAGUCCUCAUCCCUGUUCUCAGGGGACAUAAGGGCUCCAUAGUCUGAGCAGAUCACUCUGCAGAGGAGGGCAUAUGUAACAUACAGCUGCCUGUGCUCAGUGAGGGGCGAGGAGAUGGAAUAUUUGUCUGCUGAUGGCAAGCUCAGACAGGGCUUGUAGCUGAGCCUCUGCCAGCAGCCACUGGCCACCAGAGUGGCUCUUUCUAAGCAGACCUGUAGGCAGCAACCUUUUCUUGCUCCUGUUCGCUCCCUACUGGGACUCAGCACCUCAGGGUCAGGUGUAACUUGAAACAGGCAGAGCAAAAGCCUUGGCAAGCACAUGCAGUCAGUCACUUCUUGUCAGUGUAACAAAUGCCCUCCAUGGAUCUGAGCUGUCAGUGCUCUUACUUGCCAGGAGAAACCUUCAUUUUCCAAUACUGCUGCCUGUUGCUUCUGCAUAGCCCUGUCCAUGAAGACAUGCAGGCAGUUCACAGUGGGCAGAGCUGCUGUCAGGCAGUGCCAGAGAAGUAGCAUAACUAAGUUUUAUUUGCAGUCUCACCAGGGCUAUAUGAUUUUAAGAGGAAUUACACAAUUUUGAAUUCUGCUUGGCACACUCUUUUACCACAGAAAGACAUUUAUCAGUGCCUAUAGAGCAAUAUAAUGUUUUUAAUGUUUUUCUCUUUCAAUUGAAAAUGUUGCUUUUUUAAAAUUGUUGUGUUUUCCUACACAGUACUACAAUAAAACAAAAUUAUAAAAGAGUUCUGUGUUCCAGAGAGUAGGGGCAGCAUUAUGUGCUGUUCCACUUAUAUGGGCAGUACAAAUUUGCUGCUCACUGAGACUGUAAAUCUGUUUUAUACUAACUAUGCUUUCUAUGUUCUGCUAACCUUGUAAUGCCUCCUUUGUGGUUUGAUUUUCAGCUUCUCAAUACUCUGAAUCCCCUCUUUUUUAAAUAGUGUUUUGAAUUUUCUUUUAAGUCAUUUUAAAGAGGAAUAAAUAAACAGAAACUUCUCCCCUU